AUGGCUCAAUCAAAGCGAGUGGCUGUAUCAGCCCUCCUAACACUAUGUGCCAUUGGCGUCCAAGCCGAUGGCACAGGCCUUAUCGGCUGGGGAAAGACUAUGUAUAACCCAACAUGCUCCUUUGCCUGUCGACAAGUUAUCCGAAAACAACAACUCUCCUGUACUCCCACCGAAUCGGCCGAGAAUCAUGGUACAGCCCAUAAUCCCGUCACGACACCACCCGAUUGUUUUGUGGAAGAUCAUGUAUUUCUUAAGACUAUGGCUCUUUGCAUAGACACAUAUUGUCCUCUUGCGGGAAAUCCUUCUAUGAGCCUCAUUGAAGACUAUUGGGCAUCGCAUCUUGGAACGGGAACUAUUGGAAACUAUGAAUAUGUUCCUGUUAUGCCGUAUGAAGAUGCUUUGAGUGCCGCCAGGGAAGACGAAUCGAUGGCCUCCCAUAACGCAAGUUCGACGUCCGGUCACAAGAGCGGUAGCCAUCAUAAGAGAACUACUAUUUUCCGACGCCAUGGUGGUCACGAUACCUCUUCACACGAGGGGCUUAUAACCUUCAACGUCUCAAGUCCUUUACCCAUCACCGCUGGCGGAACAGAUCCUCUCAAUGAGACCAGCUUCAUCGGCCCUGAGGAUUGGCAACUCCAGUAUAACUAUCUCUAUGACUUCGAGACCAACGAGGCUGGUCAUACAACGAUGACCAUCACCAUUACUCUCGUGGCCAUCUUCCUCCCAGUCGUCCUCUCAUUGUUAAGGUUCAUACCCAGCCUGACUAAGAGUCGAGGAUGGACAUACUGGCAAUCAUUUCUGGUCAUCCCGGCGGCGUUCGGUAAGCGACAUCGUGAACCAACCGUCGCUGGCCAUGUUCCCAAUAGUGGACAAGCACUCUACAUCUCGCUAAUCAGCAUUCUCAACAUCUUACUCUGGCUUGGACCAUAUACAAUCCAUCAACCUCAAGCUAGCUUUGCCUCCCUCAAGAUGCAGACAAUCAGCAUCGUGGGCAACCGCGCAGGUGACAUGGCAAUGGGAAACGUUGUGGCUUUGUUCCUCUUUUCAGCUCGCAACAAUAUUCUUCUCUAUGUCACGGACUGGAGUCACAGUACAUAUCUUCUUCUGCAUCGAUGGCUUGGAUACUGGGCCAUCUUCCAUACGAUCGUUCAUUCUGCCAUGCUUCUAGCCAACUAUGUCAUCCAAGGCACCUACGAAGAAGAACUGAUACGUGAGUACUGGAUUUGGGGUAUUGUAGGAACAGUGGCAGUGUGUGCGAUAUUGCCCUGCUCCCUGCUGCCAGUCCGGCAGAAGAUGUACGAGUUCUUUCUUGGAUCGCACAUAAUCUUAGCUCUUCUCUUCAUCAUUGGAUACUACUACCAUAUCUGGUAUCUUUAUGAGUACAAUUGGGGCUACGAGAUCUUUGCAUUCGUGGUGGGAGGUAUUUGGGGUCUGGAACAUGUCGUUCGACUAGUUCGCAUGGCUUGGCAAGGUAGUCGAAAGGCAACCAUCUCGACCAUUUCAGAUGUUGACGGAGAGUAUAUCCGAAUUGAGAUUGAUGGGAAGCCUCUGGAGGGUGGUGUUGCGUAUCUUGCUUUUCCUACACUUUCGUGGCGUUUCUGGGAGACUCAUCCCUUUUCUGUGGCACAUUCUGGCUCAUUAACUAGUGAGAACAGCCAUCAGCCAUCGACAACUGGUGCCAAAGAGGAAAGUGUGACAGUCUCACCUAGUUCUGAGACAGAUGCUGAAAAGGCUGUUAAUAUCGACCAGAACACUUCAGUUGUUAGCGCAACUGAGGGGAGGUCUACCGUCUUCUAUGCUCGGGUCCGAACGGGCAUGACCAAGAAACUUGCAUCGCGAGUAUCUGGCCAGCAGUGUCAAGCACUUCAACUUCGGGUGAUGAUAGAAGGACCUUACCAUCAUUCCGGCCAUAUUUCACCUCAACUCUCGCACUGCAAAGGCAUUUUGUGUAUUGCGGGAGGCGUUGGCAUUACAGCCUGUCUCCCAUAUCUUCGACAAGGUGCUCCGGGCAACACGAAGCUUUUCUGGUCGAGCCGCAAGAAAGGCCUUAUCACAGCCCUAACACCUGCUCUUGCUGAUCUGCCUAGGAGUGUGCAGGUCGAAACGGUUGUGGGGGAGCGUUUGGAUCUUAGGGGCAUCUUGACCCAAGAACUGAUUGAGGCGCAAGAUGAUGGUGCGCUGGCGAUUGUCAUGUGUGGACCUCCUGGUAUGGCUGAUGAGGUGCGUAGGGACAUUGUUGAGAUUGUGAGGAGCAACGCCUUAUGCCGCGCCUAUGUGCUCUUAGAUGAAGCCUUUUCUUGGUAG